UUGGGCCACAAAGUGAACAUUUGCUCAGAUGUAUGGACUGAUUGUUUUAACCGGCAUUCAUACAUGGGCAUUACGGUUCACUUUGUGGACAAUAGUUGGACUUUGAGCAAGCGUUUAUGUGACAACCCGAACUUUUGAUGUUAUAAAUGUAAGAAGUGACGGCUAAAUAUGUAUAUGUCCCUCUUUUUCCCAACUUUAAAAAUAUAUAUAUAAUAAAAAAUAAAUAAACUAAUUAAUAAAAGAAUAUUAAUUUUUUUUUCAAGAAUAGCUUUGAUGAGUCAAGAGUAGGUUAUAUUAGUCAUUUUGUUGACUAAUCAAAGCUAAGAAUGUAGGCUUGAUUAGUAAAUAGUACGUGUCAUGAAUUGUACAUAAAAGAUACCAAUGAACACUUAUAUAUAUGUAUGUGAUCUUCUGUUACACCUCUUUGAGGUUUAAAAAAAAAGAGAGAGAUUACACCACUUCAUAAAAUUCACAUCUACACUAAAACAUACGCCGUUUUGACGUGAAACAAGAAGCAACACAAAGAAGGGAGAUUUACGAAGAAAGUAACGACGGAAAACGAAGGAUCUUUUCCUAAUAGUUGGAAAGUAAAUAAGGUUGAGCUGCAAAACGGUGAAGCAAGGGGGUUGAGAGAAAGUUCUUUUGAGUUGAUCUAAUGGCCCCUUUUCGAUUUACUGCUAGGAUGAGAACGUCACCGAUACAAAGCCCAGAAGAUAUAGUAGAAGAAUAUGAGGAAUGUGCUAUGCGCUUUAAUGAAGAUCUAGGAGAAUUUCUUGCUCGGUUCGGCAAGCUCUGGAGACGGGCCCAUCGGUAUGGGGUUGAUGAUAUGGACGGGAUUUCACGACUUGUUAGUCUACUACCUUCUACUUGGCAGCGAUGGGCGAAGAUGAUCUCCAGGGAUUAUAUUUUCUAUCGUAGGCCACGCUUUGUGUACACAGGUGAUUUCCUCCACUUCUUAGGGGAAAUUCAGUUGUGUUACACUGUGUACGGACAUGCUCCUCUAGGGCCAUAUAUAUUACCCGGUGACCCCAUCCCAGCAGGAGGAUCCAUACUUCCGGAUCAGCCGAGUAUCGUGCCUGGUAAAUGCCCGUCACGACCACUGCCGGAUGAAAGAAGGUGGUCACCAUUGAGGUGGUCACCAGUGAGGAUCCCUGAGGCCCAGACACCUAUGGAACAUGCUACAACGACAGACACUUCAGCAAAGAGGCACAGACAGGGUAAGGCCCCAGCUUGUACUCUUACCGACUUGAACAAUCAGCCAUGUACGGUGGGUACUGAUCGUUUACAGCCUCUAUCCACGACCCCACGCGUAUCUCCAGCUGAGGGGACUUCUCCGGUCUCUGUUUACCACCCACCGACUUCAGAGGAGCUCAAGUUUAAUGCUUGGAUAUUUAGUCAUUUUGAUGAGAUGACUCGUGGACGAUAUAGGCCAGGAGGGAGUCGUAUGACUGCCAUCGUCAUUAGCAGUUCUGAUGAUGAAGACAUUGAAGAAGAGCCAGAAGAAGAUAUGACCUGCAAGUCAGAAGCCAGUGUCACGAAACCUACAACACCUUAGUAGUAAAGUAGAUGUGAUCACUGUACUUAUCCGAAACAGACCCGCUGUGAGACUGUUUGGUUAUGUGUUUUUGUUUUGGGUGUAGUAGCUACUACUUUUGUAUGAUGUAU